AUGUCUGUGGACGCCCCUAGAAGGACAUUUCCGAAGAAGCCAAGCUCCUUUAAUCUCAAGAAAAAUGUCCACAAAACGAAGGUGCGGGAAACAAUGGUUGGUGGAACUGUCUUGACUCGGAAGCCUCAGCGUUAUUUUGUGGCUGAUCUCUCUGAAAAUGAUGGCCUUGCUAGUAAAAAAAGGAAAAAGAAAGUGGCGGAUGGUUUGAAUAAAGCAAAAAAUGGAAAACCUGUCAAAUUUGCUUCGAAAAAGAAAAAGAAGCUGAACCGCGGAGAACCAGUAAAAGGGACAAGCAUCGACCAUAAAAUGCUCGGUGGCUCAGAAGAUGAAAUGUAUGCGAGCGAAGAUGACGUCGUGGAUAUCACAGACAUGGUGGAGGACGAAGACGAUACUGCUAUGGUUCCUAUGGCCCACGCAGUCAAACCUCCUACAUCGUCAGCUGCAGAAAAAAAUCAAGAUGAUGAAAUGUCAGACGAAGAAGAGGUUGUUGAAUUUUCAACUGGACGAGGAAGUUCCAAGUUGAAUCUAAGCAGCGAUACAGAUGAUGAUGUGGAAGCAGGACCAUCUGGCAAAAAUGUAGAAUUGGAUAACAAAGAGCACCGUAGCAAGCAUAGAGACAAAGUAAUACCGCGGAAUGGUAUGGCGCACAAAAAGAGUGAUAUGAGGGAAAUCGUUGAGAUCGGGGAAGCUGACAAUAUUCGGAAUGAUGUGCAAGAGGAAGAAGAAGAAGAGGAAGCAGAUGAUCAGGAGGAUGAAGGUGAUGAAGAUGAAGAAGCAGCCAUUGCAAAUUUCCGCGCAGACUUGGCUGACUUACCCCUUGGUAAAGUACGAGAGAUGAAGGAAAAACUCGGCUUGAAAUUAUUUAACAAAGCCUAUUUUGGAGCAACUGAAGCCGCCAAAAAAGCCGAGGAAAGUAAAAAGAAGAAGCUCGAAGCCAAAAAAGCUGAGUUCCAUGGACAACAUCGGCCUAAAGAAAUUUCUUCGAAGAGGCCUGUAUCAGUAUUCCGACCUAUUUAUCAAGAAAAUAUCGGAAAAAAGAAACGCGAUCCACGGUUCGAUAGUAGGGCUGGAUUGUUCAAAGAAAGAUGCUUUGACGACAACUACCGUUUUCUUGAGGAUUUAAAAAGGCAGGAGAAAGAGGAAUUAUCUAAAGAGGCUGUUGCUUGCGAAGAACGAGGGGAUUCGGAAACUGCCGAGAAGAUUCGUGAGACCAUACGUCGCAUGGAAAAUCGUGAAAGAACAAAGGCCGAGCGUAAAAUGAAAGAGGAGACUUUACGGGAACUCAGAGAAGCAAAUAUCGAGAGGAUGAUGCAUGGAGAACGACCUGUCUUCAAGACGAAAGCACAAGUUAAAAUGAUGAAUCUGGAGAAGAAAUUCAAGCAGUUGAAGAAGGACAAUAAGUUGGAUAAAUACAUGAAGAGAAAGGCCAAGAAAGAAGCACAUAAAGACAUGAAGAAGAAGCCUUCGUUUGAGGAAAUGUACGGCUACCAAUGAGAUUAAUGUCCUGAAAUGCCAUUUCUAUGGUCUUUACUAUUUGAUCGGAGACUGAAAUUGAUAAUUUUAGUGACCGACUAAGAAUUUUAUUUUUCUGUCAAUGCUAAGGUUUUGCGGUUUUAUAUUUGUUACCUUUGACCUCUUUUUACUCUGAUUAGUAAAGCCCACCAAAAACCCCUUAGUGAAUUUUGUAUUUAUUUGUUUCAUGCCCUUAGAUUCAAAACUUGUUGUUGCUGUUGUUCUCUUCUGCUCUUGUUGACUAUGUUUCAGAGCGAUGUUGUUAUCUGUAUGCAGAAAUAUUUAUUUAUUUUUCAUUUGAAUACGUCACAGGUGCGCCAUAAUGUCGGGUUGGUAACUAACAGAUUCUUAAAAAAAUCAGUAUUAGAAAUGCAGAAACACAG